AUUUCCUUGAUAAUCAACAGAUAAUUUUCAAAAUGAAAUACUUCGUUUUGCUAGCCGUUUUUGUUGCGAUUACUACUGCUAUUCCUGUCGAUUUUGUUGAAGAUGAAGAUGGACAACGAUACGUUUUGGUGCCUGUGAACCGUGAAAAAAGGCAAGCAACAAAAUUGGAUAUUUCCAACACAGGGAUGACCCUUGGACAUAAAAGCAACAUUUUGGACAGCAACAGUUAUAAAUUAGAUGGUAGCGCUUAUGCUACCAAGAAUUUUGGUACAGGUGGAAUCGGUCAAUUUGGAGGACGUCUGGACUACGCCCAUAAGCCUUCUGCAUCUAAUGUUUUCUUAGGUGCCGAUCAUACCCGCCAUUUUGGUACUGAUUUAAAAGCUGGGGCUCAGUAUAACUUUAUUCACAAAAAGAAUUUCGAUAUGGGCAUUGUUGGACAAUACGAGAGACAUUUUGGUGGACCGUUUGGGACUGGGAGACCUCAAGGAUAUAUGGGACUUAUCGGCACGGCAAGAUUUUAGAAGACAUGCAUUAAAUUACUCACGAUACUUAUUUCCUAAUAUUUUUAAUUACUAAUAUAAAAAUUACAAAAGUGAUGUUAAUCACAUAGUUAUUAGAAAUGUAAUU